AUGUAUGACCGUGGCAACGUGCUGGACGCGGCGGAUGAGAGGCGCAAUGGCGUGUUCGACGAGCGGCAGAUGCAGCGCGUGCUGGUGAUCGGCCUCUGUGGGGAGUCUGCCAGUGCAAUCUUUGUCAAUCCUUAUGCCACCGUCAACGUAAAGACUCAUAUUCCAAUCACCCUGGAGUUCAAGCACCCCAAUUUCAACAAGUGGAAGGCUUUCUUCACCGCAAUGUGUGGCAAAUUUGGUCUUCUUCCUCACAUCGAUGGUACUGCUCCUCCUCGACCCGACGAGUCGGCUUGGGCUCAAGCCGAUUGCUGCGUUCGGGGUUGGCUCUUCGGCUCUGUUUCCGAUGCAAUCCUCGAUGUCGCCAUGGAACCUGACCAAACAGCUCGCGAUCUCUGGGUCGCCAUCGACGAACUCUUUCAAGCAAACAAGGAACCCCGCGCCAUCUAUCUGAGUCAUGAAUUCCACUCACACACACAGGGUAAUUUGUCCAUUGCUGACUACUGCCAGAAGGUGAAGACUGCCGCCGAUGCUCUCCGCGACGUCGGCCAUCCUGUCACUGAAUCGCAGCUUGUCCUCAACCUCCUCAGCGGCCUCAAUCCGCAUUUCUCCAGCACUGCCGACAACAUCGCCGGCGCCCCUGUCCUGCCAUCCUUUGCAUCGGCGCGCAACACUCUGUUGCUCAAGGAACUACGCAUCGCCAACGACACCAAAGUUCAGAAUGAGACAGCCAUGGUAGCGGCUGCCUCUCCUGCCAACAACAGCACCUCCGGCACAUGUGCUGCCUCCUCGUCGCAACCUCGCGGUGGUAGCGGUGGCGGUGGUGGCUCCAACAAUGGUGGACGGCGCAACCAACGCCGCAACAGCGGCCGGAACAACGGUGGUGGCGGCAAUGGAGGUCGACAGAACUACGGUGGUGGUGGCUAUGGGAACUCUGGAGGCGGCGGUGGCUAUGGAAAUUCUGGAGGUGGCUAUCCUCCGCACCAAGCUAGGCCUCGGCCUGGCGGCCCGUGGGUCUGCUUCAAUCCAUGGCCCGUGCAACAACAGGCUCCAUGGCGGCCUACUGGAACCGGCGCUGGCUUGCUUGGGCCCUAUCCUCAGGCUCACACUGCUUUCACCGGCCCAUAUGUUUCUCCACCAACUCUAGGCUGGCCUCCUGUGCAGUCAGUGCAGCCCACUUGGGAUCAACAAGGUCUGGUUGCUGCCCUUAAUCAGCUGUCUGUAAACAGUCCGAAUCCCUGGGUGCUUGACACUGGUGCUACAUCACAUAUGUCCUCCACCGACGGACCUUCGGACCCGGCGCGUGAUUCUUCGCUGCAAUAG